AUGGAAGAGUCAUUGAACGAGCCCUACCUUGGCCUCUUCAACUCGUGGACGGGUUCCAAUUGUUGCCUCAACUUCGGCAUCGACACCCUCACCACCCUUGUCGUCGCUGAAUGGAAAGACAUUGUCGGGGAGAUCCCUGCCUGCGAGAUCCCCGUCGAUGUCGGCAAACUCUCACGUCUGACAGUCCUAAACCUCACCGACAACGCCCUCAACGGAAAAAUUCCAGCGUCCAUCACCCGACUAGACUCACUCAAACACCUCGACCUCGGCAAUAAUCAGCUCUGCAGCGAGAUUCCAAAAGACUUCGGGAAUCUGGUCAUGCUGAGUUGCAUGUUGCUGAGUCAGAACCAGCUAACCGGUAUGCUGCUGAGAGAGAGUUACGGAGAGUACGUGUGGCUAAGAGAGGGGGAGAGAGAGCUGGUGUGCGCUGAGGAAUUUUAA